AUGACUUUCUCCCCUCUAUGCUGGGUGCCUGCACAAUUCACCGGAGCCUGGGAGAAAUAUGCGGAGACCUACUGCUUCAUUAAAGGAUCGUACUUCUUGCCGGAUGACGAACAUCCUAAUGAGGAUUUCAUCGAGAGAGAUAACGCUGUAUGUAUCAAUGUAAAGGAUGUGCUCGAAAACACUGCCAAGGUGAAGAAAAACGUCACCAUAAAAGAACGCGAAAAUCAGCUCCAACAUAUUUUAUGUGGUAAUUUUUCAGAGGCUGGUAUGAUGUCGAAAAUGCGAAAAUCAGGCUCCUAUCUGUCGGGCGUCUAUGUCUUCACAAAAUUUCUCUACGUUUUCAAUAUUAUGGUGCAGUUCUGUAUUUUCUCCGCAUUUCUUGGAACGAACAACACCUUCUGGGGUUGGGAGAUUUUCUCAGAUAUAUGGAGCGGUCGAGAGUGGAACGUUACUGGCCACUUUCCUAGAGUCACCAUGUGCGACUUCACGGUACGAGUUCUCGGCGCUCUCCAUCGAUGGACCGUGCAAUGUGUUUUGAUGAUCAAUAUGUUUACCGAGAAGAUUUACGUCUUCCUUUGGUUUUGGUUCAUUCUGGUUGGCAUUCUAUCUGUGAUUUCGCUCAUAUACUGGGUGGUAGCUCUGGUUGGUACCAACUUUCAGCGUGGAUUUGUAAUGAAAUACCUAAGGUGCAUGGGCGAGAUCAGCGAAGAGCCAACUCGUGUGGAAGAUGAGAAAGUGAACGGAUUUGUUCGCAACUACCUGACAUCCGACGGCGUUUUCCUGUUGCGACUUAUACAGACAAAUGGUGGCGAUAUUCUUGCCGGUGAGAUCAUCGCCUCUAUGUUCCGCCAGUACAACGAACGCCGAAAGGCGCCGAUGUCCGAGGAUUCGUUCGGUGACUCGCCGGACACGACAGCGACGCUUCCGCGAUAG